AUGGCUCCUAAGAAGAAGGAAGCCCAGAAGAUGUCGCUUGGCGACUUCCUCCACGAUGAAAGUCAGUUGCAUCCAGCGAUUGUGGUCUCCCCCCCUCCCUCCCUCCCCACUUCCAUCUCAACAAUACUGCAGUCUCGACCUCGGUACACCGAUUGCUUCUUGAGAUGGCCUCUUGGAGGAUCCUGGGCCGACGAGGUUGAAGACACCUAUGUUGUCGGCACCCAAGCUCUCCCUGCCACCGAGCGCCGUACCGGCUACGGCGCCGGGUCCAGCACUGGCUGGGGCAGCAACGAGCGCAGCUAUGCCCCGCGCGAGAACUUCGGUGGCCCUCCCAAGCUUCCCGAGAAGCCCCCCUACACCGCUCACCUCGGCAACCUUUCGUACGAUGCCACCAACGACACCGUCAACGAAUUCUUCGCCGGCUGCGAGAUCAUCAGUGUCCGCAUCAUUGAGGACCGUGAGCAGAUGCGCCCCAAGGGGUUUGCCUAUGCCGAGUUCGCUACUCUCGACGGUCUGAAGAAGGCCCUUGAGCUCGACGGCGAGAACUUCCAGGGCCGUACCAUCCGCGUCAAGAUUGCCGAUCCCCCUCGCAACGAUGGACGUGGCGGCGAUUCCAACCGUGACCUGAGCGACUGGUCGCGCAAGGGUCCCCUGGCCGACCUUCCCGGUCGUGGUGGAAACGACCGUGGUGGUGACUUUGGAGAGCGCCGUGGUCCUCGCGAGCCUCGUGAACCUCGCGAGUUCGCCCCUGACGAUGGCAAGGUUCGCGACUUUGGCAACUGGGAGCGCAAGGGCCCCCUGGCUCCUGCACCACAGCCGGAGCGCUCUGGUCCCCGCGAGGGAAGCCACUCUGGAGAGGCUGGUCUCGGACCCCGUUCCGAAUCUUACCGCGGUGGUGACCGCCGACAGUCUCCUGCCACUUGGGGUGAGGGCCAGAACCUCCCUCCCCGUCAGGAGGGUCAGCGUGCCCCUCGCCACGACAGCGUCGACCGCCCGGAGCGCGAGCCCCGCGAACCCACCGCUGCCGAGAAGGAUAACCAGUGGCGCGCCGGCAUGCGCCCCGACGCCUCCAAGGAGCAGUCUCGCGAUGGCAGCGAGGCCCCCGGUUCCCCCUCGGCCGCCCCCGCUGCGGCCGUCGCCCCCGCUGGGCCGUCCGAAGCUCAACCUCGCCAAGAGGACUGUCUCUGAGGCUCCCGAGGUCCUUUCCCCUUCCGCCACCUCCGACGCCAAGGCCAGCCCCUUCGGUGCCGCACGACCUAUCGACACUGCUCAGCGCGAGCGCCUGGAUCGAGGAGAAGGAGGCUUCAGCAGCUCCAGGAGAAGCGCGAGGCCGACGAGAAGGCCAAAGGAGAGAAGCGCCUCGCGAAGGAGACUGCUGCCAAGGAGUCCGCUUGAGAAGGCUGAGGAAGAAGGCUUGCCAAGGC